AUGUGGAUCGCCUUAGCAGCCUUAGCCACUGUCGGGGCCCAAGUGGUCCCCCAAAACGCUCACUGUGUCGUCUACACAGACAGCUGCGGACAGUUACUGGACACCCUCCCGGUGUGCCAAGAUUUUAAUCGACAAGUGUGCAACCGUCCCGCCUGCAAGUUUAUCCAUCUCAGUGACGGAAACGUGGAGGUGAUCGAGAAUCGCGUGACCGUGUGCAGGGACGCAGUGAAGGGCGCGUGCAUGCGACCCCAGUGUAAAUAUUAUCACAUACCGGUCGCGUUGCCGCCAGCGCCCUUGAUGGCGAUCACAUCGCCUGCGACGCCCUAGUUACUCCUUCUCGUUUAGCGGAUGUGUGUAUCACGACGAGGCGAGGAGCUAGAACAACCGGCAGACAGAUGCAGAUGAUGGUGCGGACGAGGGAGAGAAAAAAGUCUUGAGAGAAGAUUUGAAGAUACUCGACGAGGGAUCGAUAGAGAAGAAGAAAUGGAAAACGACAGACGAAACGAGGAAAAAAAAAAAUAAAUAAAUGAAUAAAAGGAAAUGGAAAAAUGGAAGAGGUAACAAGAGAUAGAUAGAUAGAUAGAUAGAGAGAGAGAUAGACAUAGAGAAAGAGAGUAAAAGGACAGAAAAAAGAGGAAGGAACAAGAGAGCUUCUCGCGUAAAACGGCCUUGAUGAUCACAUUGAGCAAGAUCGAUAAGGAGAAACAAGAGAGAUGCAUAUGUGUUUCAAUGUGUCUUCGUCGUUCUCUUCGUCGUCGUCGUCGUCGUCGUCGUCGUCGUCGUCGUCGGUGACACAGGAAGGAUCGACUCGAUUCUAUUUCAUCCUCCUCUGCGAAUCUCCUCCGAUACGUAGGUUUUCGUCGAGCUAGAUAGAGAUCGGGAGAAAAGGCGAGCGUGAUCGAACGCGGAUCAAAGAGGGAGGGGCGGGUCGGAGAAAGGAAAUUCGUACGGUUCCCAGCCAUGGUUGAUGGAAAGAAUGGGUACGAAUUUCGUCCCCUUCUUCUCGCCUCCUCCCUCCUCGUGCUAUCCCUUGAAGAUGAAAAACGCGCAUUCGAAAGAAAAAAAAAAUAAUAAUAAAUGAAUAAAUAAAUAAAAUAAAAACGAAUGACGAAAUGAAAAAAAGCUAGAACUUCGUUCGUCGUGGAUGAUGUUUCUCUCUGGCUCCGCUAAUUUAUUUUCUCCUCCUCGCGCGCAUAAUGUGUUCGUCCUUCACUUUCGUUAAAUAUCACUUUCGAUGAUCAGAUGAUCGUGUUCGUUUCGGGAACGUGUUUCUCGAUAAUGUUUAUCUGGUUUAAUUAAGAUUAUUUCGUUCGUUGAAUGUGUCGCGAACAAAAUUGAGUGCAAUAUUCGUGAUUAUAGGAUGGAGUGGCCGCCGAAUUGUUGAAGAUCAGCGAGAGAAACGUACACUCGAGGUCGGCGGUACACGAGGUCUUCCUUGAUCCUGCCUUUUCUUUUCUUUUUUUUCUUGCCUAAUUCCAUUAACACUUCCGUGAAAAAGAGCCAAAACAAGAUACGAGUAUAUCGAAUAACUAAUUCUAGAAAAAAAAUUUUUUUUUCAAAAAAUCCAUCAAACUUCAAAGUAUCCCCUUCGUUUAAUUGUCUGCAUAGACAUUUCUUUUUCAAAGCUUUUUCAUCGAGCUUUUUCGUCGAUCUCGCUCGAUUUCAGAUUCUUUCUUUGUUAUUAAUCACCACCAUUUCCUUUGUUUCGAUAUCUCUUUCUUCUUCUUUUUUUUUUCCAACCCUUCAAUUAUAUCCACUUCACCUUCCAAUUUCCGGAAACAUUUCCCAUUUCCGUGGAAAACUUCCAUUAACCUCGAGUGUCUUAUUCGAUUCGUGAUUUCUGUGUUCUUCCACGCGAUCGCUGAUCGAGAAUAAAUUGAGAAGAAUUUACCAGUUCAUCGCGAGACACGUUCUCGAGAGAGAGAGAGAGAGAAAGAGAGAGAGAUAUAUAUAUAUAUAGAGAGAGAGAGAAACAGGGAAUCGCGGUUUAUGUUCCGUAAGAUCUUGGUACCAUUAUGUGUACAUAUAUUAUAUACACGUACUAUGCAUACAGAGGGAAACGUGGUUAGAAGUUAUACGAUCCCCUGGGAAACCGAGUAUAUCCCGAGUUGCGGGAUCGUAAAAUUUCUUCGCGUUCGUGCCAAUCGAACGAAUUCAUAUCGUACGAGUAGUAGGCUUGCUCGGUUCAGUGGAUAUGAUAUCAUCAGAUAUGGAAUAAUUUAACUCUUUUGAUGUUGGUACCGUUCAUUUUAUUAUCUCUUGCCGAAUCGAUACCAUUAUCGUAUCGUAUCGAGGAAUUCUUAUUGAAUUCCCAUUUCAAAGCCAUUUUCCGACUGUUGAAGUCAUUCUGUUGGGGGAAAUAAUGAUUAUUGGUUCCUACGAAAGAGAAAAAUAUUUAUAUUAUUGUGUAUAGUUUUUAGAUAAGUAGUAAGAUGUUAAAAAAAAAAAAAGAGAGAGAGGGAGGGAGAGAAAGAGAGAGAGAGAGAGAUUUCUAGAAAAGAAAAAUUUCUAGAGAACGAACGA